AUGACGAGCCGUCGCCGUGGCAUGCGGCAGCACCUGACUUGCCCGUUAUGCCUCCUUAUCCUUUGCCACGUGGCAUCCACGUGUCGAGUGUGUCUUCCGCCUAUGUUCUUGGCAGCAGCAAACGGCACCCCUCCAAACCCUAAUUGGGAGAUCGACUUCGACUGGCUGAGUAACGAGAGCCAAAUCGCCAUGGCGCGAUUUGCCGUGGCACAGCACAACGCCACCAAGAACCACAGCCUACAGCCAGUCGGAGUUCUCUAUGUGGACCGCGCAGACAUUGCCAGCACAGGCAAUGGCAGCGCAGGCAAUGGCAGCGCAGGCAAUGGCAGCGCAGGCAAUGGCAGCGCAGGCAAUGGCAACGCAGGCAAUGGCAGCGCAGGCAAUGGCAGGGCAGGCAACUCAAGCGCGGGCAGGGAGGAGUACCUUGUGACACUGGCGGCUCUCAACCUGCUGCGCGGCCGCACUGCCUUCUUCGACGCCCUCCUCUCCCGCCGCCCUCUCGAGGCCGCGCAAUCCACUCUGUACCCACUGGUGAGAGGCGUGGUGGCCAGUGAGAAUGAGAGGUGGUUGAGCGGCCCAUGCUCAGGCCCAUGCUCUUCCCACCCCCUCCCCCUCGCAGGGCAACCCGCUGCUGCUGAUCUCAGUGGUGGAGGCACAGGUGGUGGUGCCGGGAUACACUGCUGGCAGCAGAUGAGGGCACCGCCUGCAGGCAGCCAGUAG